AUGUGCCCACAUAGCAUCGCUGGGGAGCAUCCAUUGGCUGCUCCGUGUCCCAUGCGGCCUAACCAUAUUUCGCAGCACCGUAAUCCUUCAGUCUCAAAGCCCAAAGCCGUGGUCUUCCCAAUCGCACUACCAUUCCUGGCCCUGCGCCAAGCGGCAAAGAGGCAUCCGCCUGAACACACGAAAGCUAACUUCACGAGGCGGCACCGACCCGUACCCGACAACACCAUCCCAGUAUGCGUCCCACUCUCGCCCUCCUCCUCACGGCCCUCCUUCUGCUAUCCUCCGGCAGCGCCGCAUGCAGGUGUGCGGGCCCGCCGACGGUGGAGAAGAGCUACCACAGCGAGGACACUGCGCACUUUGUGCGCGCGCGCGUCCUCUCCAAGCGCGACCCGCCGUCGCGCUUUGCAGAACCGCGCUACACGCUGCGCAUCCAGGCCAACUAUAAGGGGUGCCCGCGGCGCGGGCGGGUGGUGGUGCGGACGCGCAUCGGGUCCGCGGCGUGCGGGGUGGUGCUGA